AUGUCUUUAUCCUUCACUGUGCCCUCAUUAACAGAUGUCUUACCACAAAUCCGAACCGUGCAGAGCACUUCUGUCCAGGGAAGACUUCUUUGUAAUGGAAAACCUUAUGAAAAAGCUCGUUUGAAACUCUACGAAGUUGAUCCAAUCAAAGAUACCCUGAUGGCAGAAAUGUUCUCGGACAAGAAUGGCUAUUUCAAGAUAAAUGGAAGCGAUACCGAAUGGACACGAAUAGAUCCGAAACUUAACAUCUAUCACAAUUGCGAGGACGAGAAUGUAGAAUGUUGGCGUAAGGUGGAGAUAAGUAUCCCCGACAGUUUCGUCAGCGAUGGCAAAGAUCCACUGAAGACGUUCGACAUCGGCAUUCUGAAUCUGAACGCUAAAUUGCCCGGUGAAACUCGGGAUUGCCUCAACUAG